GCGGCGGCGUUUGAAGCGAUGGCGGGAGCGGCUGUGGAGCCGGGCGGGCCCUUGCCCAGGACGGCGGCCGCGCUUCGGCACCUCGGACUCCUCCUGAGCUGCUCGCGUUGCCGUAAUCUUCUGAAGAAACCUGUGAGCCUAGGAAACUGCGAACAUGUCUUUUGCUUAGCUUGUGUGGGUGACUGUGUUGGCAUAGCAUGCCCCGUGUGUCACAUCCCAAACACGGUACAAGAUGUGAAAGUGAGCAGGAAGCUGGACGACAUCACCAAAUUGUAUAGAAAACUGCAGAAGCUGCAGGAAGGGGACAUCCCAGUGGCCCCAGGAUGCAGCCAGAGGACUUCAGAAGAGACCUCUCCUCCGGGAGCAGAGCUGGAGACUCGGCCUGAGGCGAGCCACAGAGAAGUUUCCUUAUUAGGUUCUGGAACUGAUGUGUCUUCAUCAUGGGAGGCGGUUGGUGAGAGAGGAAAGAACAAGCAAAUAAAAAUGUGGCUCAGUCCUCGCAGCGGGAAUAUGAGAUUUUGCCAUUUAAAGAAGAGGCCAGAGAAGUCGGAACAAGCUGUGGCUGACCAAGAGAAGCAGCCUCCUGUUCCGACUACAUCUGCUUAUGACUUUCCCUCUCCUUCUCAGGAGCCUUUCAGAGAGGCUAAGAAAUCCCGACUGAAAUGUAAUAAAAAGCUAAGGAUGCGGACCUAAACAUGCCUGAACUAACAAAAGGGACUACAGAGAAAUAUCAUGGGACAUGCCGAUGGAACCAAGGAAAACAUGGAGUUCUUUUGCAGUCAUUCUCUCUGUAUUGUGUAAGAUUUUCUCCAUCUAAAUCAGUUUCCAGCUCCUCAGCAGCACCAAGAACCUCUGAAGAAAACACUUCCAGAAACACCACCCGUGUCCCAGUCGCUCUAUUCAAAAAGACGACUGCAGAUUCUUAAUUGCAAUUAGCAAAACAUCUGUCCUGAUUCUGGUCAUCUUUACAUGGUGAAGCUUGUGCCGCAAAAACCCAGGGUGUGUGCGCAUGUUUAAGAAACACAAUCUUUCCUUGAAAUGAAAGUGCCACCUGGGCAUUACUGCAUACAAAUCCCAUCUGAUAUAAUUAGUCACUGGAGCAGGGAUUUGAGUGCUUCUUUCCCCUUAGAGGGGAACUGCUAUUGCUUCAGUUCACUGGGAUGAACAUUUUCUUCAUUAAAAUACUGUGUGUGCAAACUGUCCCUUGGAUUCUUUCCAAGGGGUUAUUUGUAAGGGAAGCUGUUGACCGAGGUGGUUAUAAAAUACUGACUUCAGCUUACCGUUUUUCUCCUAACGAAUAUAGCACAGUGGUCAAGUGUGCGAAUCAGCAGUGUACUGGUUCGAAUCCCACUACUGCCAUGAGAUCAGUAGGUGACCUUGGGUAAGUCACUUCUCUCAGCUCCAGCUCCCCAGCUGUCUUAUGGGGAUAAUAACACUAACUUGUUCAUCGCUCUGGGAAGAGAGGCACUAAUCUGUCUAGAAGAGCAGUAUAUAAGCACAGUUGUUACUAUAUUCUGGUGUUGGUGUUAAUGAGAAAUGAUCACAGGCACAGUGUUUCAGUGACAAAUUAGAUGACAAAUUAGACAUGUAAAUAGUAGCAAAACUGGACACUAAGAUCUGAGGUCUCUUCCCGUUUCUUUGUGUGUGACUUUGGUCAUGUUCCUUGAAUGUCAAACUAAUAAAAGGCCAUUCUGUCUAUGUUCAUAACUGUCAGGAGAGAAAUGCUAACAUCAGUCCUGAGUGCUUCUUUGUCGUUUUCUGAGUUUAUUUUCAUCAGGACUGUUGGGUCCCUCCUGCUGAUAUGUCCAGUUCAGAUGAGCCUCUAAACCACACCUGGGAAUGGACCACAGAGUUUCAGGCAAAGGAAGUGGGGAGGAAGCAGGGAACUUUCCUUGGUUUCCAGUUCAGGACUAGCUAUAGAUCUCCAUGACA